CCCCACCUCUGCCGGCCCGCCCUCGGCUCCCCCGCCGCGCCGCGGAGCCAGGCCGGGAAGCCCACACUGGAGGGCCCGACGCCGGAGCCCCCCCCACCCGCCGCAGCCGCACGCCUCGAUGCGGGAGCGCUGCAGGGUUCUGCGUCUGAGGAAUACAUAACCUCGUGCCUGCCUGCUCAGCCUGCCUUGGCCCUGCUGACCCCUCAGUCUGAGACGCUGACCCUCCCUGCCCAGCCAAGGGUACCUUGGACACUGCUGUCUCCAGACUCGUGCGGCUGAGUAGACUCAGGCUGUUGUCACACCUGAAGGGACGGAAGAGUGGGCAGUCAAGGCACCAGAGCAAGAGCCCUCUGGGGCCUCAGGCAGAGGAGUGAAACUGGAACCAUCAGGGAACAUGAGUGAAUUUUGGCACAAAUUGGGUUGCUGUGUGGUAGAGAAACCCCAGCCGAAGAAGAAAAGGAGACGAAUUGACCGGACCAUGAUUGGGGAACCGAUGAAUUUUGUCCACCUGACUCACAUUGGCUCUGGGGAGAUGGGGGCCGGAGAUGGACUUGCCAUGACAGGUGCAGUUCAGGAGCAGAUGAGAUCCAAGGGAAACCGAGACAGGCCAUGGAGCAAUUCUAGGGGAUUGUAGCUCCAACAGAAACGGUUCUGCUGUCUGAAGCCUCUGCUCCAUGUCCAGCCCAGAAGAGAUGGUGCCCCCUCCUCGAACCAGUGACCCCAGGGCCCCUCUUUUCCCUUUUUGCCUAUUAGUGCCUCAGAAGGCUUGGGGGCUGGACUCCCUCUCUUCCCUCUGGCUCUAGCCCCUCCUGGAGAUGGGCUCAAGGCAGCAGGACUGACCAAGUGACUACUGGUUGGCCAGAGGAGCUCAGCUGAAGCCCUGGACACUCUCAGAUCUGAGAUAGGAGUUUUCUGGGAACAUGGAAGGUGUUCCCUUCUCCUGAAUGACGAUCUAGGUGCCAUCUGUUUUUAAACUCUUAACCUGGAACUCCUUAAAUGGGGUAGGUGGGUGAGAUUACCAAAGCUGAAGCCGGCUUUGCCGAGAAGCUCCUUACCUCCCUGCCCUUCUCCAUUUUCCUCCUGGAAUGAACUGAAACAGAUGUCAAGCAGGGGUAGGAGGGUGACCACUGCCUAGUCUAUCUAUUCUUUCUCUUUAGGUCCCAAAACUUAAGCUCUAUUUCUCUCUGCCACUACCAGCUCUUUCUCCAGGAGGCCUCUAACCCUGUUUCUGCAGCAUUGUGAGUUCUCCAACAUCUUUCUUUUUAAAUUAAUUAAAAGUUUAAUUUAA